AUAUAUUUGCUUAUUCAGAACUGUAUGUGACCUAUUUUGAUUAGUCAUGUGCUCCUUAGAGUCAAAACGAAAGUAGAAAUGUUAAAAUGAAAACUAACGGAGAACCCAGACAACUCGAAGGGUACAGGAACAUAGGAAAGGGCAGUGCGUGUGUAUGUGGACAUUGGUUUGCAGUGUUAGCAUGUGUUAUCUCAACAGGAAGUUGUUUGUGUACAGUCGUCCUUUAUCUUGAGGUACGGACUCUACGUGGGGAAGCAGAAAGACAACAUGUACAGUCACCGGCCUUCAAAACAAGUCAUGAAAUAAAAUCGUCUACUGAGGUAACCACCGUACUCUCCGAUGUGCUUAAUACAACGUUAGACCUUCGGACUCAACUGUUAAAUAGACACGUACACAGCCAUACCUAUAACAACGGUCACAAAGGCGAAACAAGUGUAACUGGCCUCGCGAGUUACCGUGAGAAACGAAAAACGGGGGAACGAAACAAACAAUCCUGUUCAUGUCAGAAAGGUGCGAAAGGUUCCAGAGGUCGAAAUGGCAAGAAAGGUAAGCGAGGAAAGAAUGGGAAAAGGGGAAAAAAAGGACCAAAAGGCGAUAAAGGAGAGACAGCAGUGAUAGGGGAUAUAAAUUUACCAAUCGGAAUACCGAGUGGUAAUGGUGGGCUACAACCGAUAAAUGGACAUCGCCAUGUCCACUUCAUCAGUGAUUAUGACAAAGAUGUACCAUGGGAUGAAUUUAAAGGUAGAGGGUGUCGUUCACUGUUCGAUGGCGAGGUGUGUAGAAAUAGAAGGUUUUCUACUACAGAGGUACCGAACAUAUUCCGUUUUCUAAAGGACAGAGAACCACACAGUGAUGUUACGUCACUUCCGGUAUCCCAAUCGGAUGACGGCAUUUAUCACAUUCACCAGACUGGAACAUACCUUGUCUACCUUCACGCUGCCAUGUGGUCGGUUAACAAUACUGGUACGGACGUAUUUGCAGUUGUCUUGGACAGACGAUCGAACGGUCGCCCUAGUACAGUUUUCAACUGUCAACCUCUGAACAAUACAUGGACUGGAAACCAUUAUGAUACUUUGCUUCAGACUUGCAUAUCUGCUCGAACGCUAUAUCUAAGAAAGAAUGACGUCCUCAGCAUUUAUCUUCUGUCACCUGAUGCUGAAAUUGAUUUGUCAACAGGAGAGACAUAUUUUGGUGUUCUACGACUGAUAUGACGUCACAUCAAGCUGUCUAAACAUAUAUCAGAGCUAUCGUCGUUAUCAAACCGUAUCUGACUCUCAAACGGGAUUGAAAAUUCUAUAAUAUGGAAAACUUGACCAUAGAUACGAUUUGUUUUGUUUUUACACCUCAGCAACAUGCGAGAUAUUAAACAAAUUAAUAUAAACAUAAGGGAAGCACCUUAGCGUCAAAUAUUUAAUACAGUGACGUAGGACCACCUCUAUUUAACAACUAGACAUUCCUGGUCGGCUUCAUACAUAAUUGCAUGUUCCAUUUUCUAACUCAUAUGGUUUUGAUAUCCUAUUUUUAUCUAACAACAUGUUUAUGACUCGUUAUUGCUUUCUUUAUAGAAUGGACAACUUAUUGUUUCGUCGUUCAAACAACAAAGUGAAUACCAUUGUUGUUGGUUGUGUAUUUGGAGCAUCCCACAUUACAGUAUAUUGUCAUUGGUUUCUGAACUCCGGGAGUUAUUACAUGUGCAUACCCUUUAUGGAACGGCAAGCUAUGUUCUCAACAUCUGAUAAGAAAUCCUCACCAACUGUUAUUUAUGAGUUGUGUUCUUUAAUUAUCUCUCAUAUUUGCUUAAGAGAAGAGUGAAUUGUCGUCUUAUAUAAUGUUAUAUGAACUUCUUGCAAAUAUAUAUGCAAUAGCUUCAGACAGUAUUUUUCCCAUAUCAUAAAACAUAUUCAUUUUU